GGCGUCUCCUCGCUGAAAAUCAUCUGAUGUAAGUUGCAACUUCGCUUGAGAGAGAGAGAGAGAGAAAGAGAAAGAGAGAGAGAGAGAUGGAAGGUGUCGAGGUGAAUUCUAAGGAAAACCCUAAUAAAGAAAUUACUGCUGCUGUUGGUGGGGUUAGUGGUGAUACUGAUAGAGAUGAAGAAAAGAAAGCCAAAUUGGUUGUAGUGAUGGGAGCAACUGGUGCAGGGAAAUCACGGCUAGCGAUUGACCUCGCUUCCUAUUUCCCCGUCGAGAUCAUUAACGCCGACUCCAUGCAGGUAUACCGAGGUUUGGAAGUUCUAACCAAUAAGGUUCCCCUUUAUGACCAGAAAGGUGUGCCGCAUCAUCUUUUGGGAACCAUCAUGCCUAAUGUCGAAUUCACAUCUAAGGAUUUCCGUGAUUCUGCAAUUCCUAUCAUCAACGAUGUAUUAACCCGCGAUCAAUUGCCAGUCAUUGUUGGGGGAACAAAUUACUAUAUCCAGGCUCUUUUAAGUCCAUUCCUAUUAGAUGAUGUGACGGAAGCUUUGGAUGAAUACUGUUUGAAUGACAUUGUUGGAGAGAAGCCACUAGAUUACAAAGUUGACUUGACUGGUGAUAAUUUAAGUAAUUUCAACCGUCUUAAAGAGCUUGAUCCAGAUUCUGCAAACAGGAUUCAUCCAAAUGACCAUAGGAAAGUGAAUCAUUACCUUAGUUUGUAUGCUCACCACAGUGUUCUCCCUAGCAAACUUUUUCAAGGAAAGGCUGCAGAGAGGUGGGGUCGAGUGGAUGAUUUCAGAUAUGAUUGCUGUUUUAUAUGUGUGGAUGCUUCUCUCCCUGUGCUGGACCAAUAUGUGGAGCAAAGAGUAGAUCAGAUGAUUGGUGCUGGUUUACUAAAGGAAGUCUAUGACAUCUACAGCCCAAAUGCAGAUUAUACUCGAGGCUUAAGGCAGGCCAUCGGUGUUCGGGAAUUUGAGGAUUUUUUAAGAGUUCACAAAAUGGAAACUUCUUAUUCUCAAACCACAGAUAAAGGUUUUGUCUCCCCUGCUGGGCCCAGCAGCACAAUACCAACAUACAGAAACUGUGACAUGCUGCUAGAGAACUUUAUGGCAGUUCUGAAUUCUUCUGAUGAUAACCCUCAAAAAUUUCUGCUGAAGGAAGCUAUUGACAGGGUGAAAAUGAACACUCGUAGGCUUGUUCGUCGCCAAAAAAGGAGGCUCAGUCGGCUGCAGGCAUUUUUUGGAUGGGACCUGCAUUAUGUUGAUGCAACCGAAGCUUUAGAUUGCAGCUCUGAUGAAUCAUGGCAUAAACAAGUAGUCCAACCAGCUGUCAACAUAAUCAAAUCUUUUUGGUCCCAGGAUAGAAGCUCAGGUCUCAAGUCAGAAACACUCAAUGGUAAUGAGAGGCAGAAAUUUGUGCCCAGGGACUUGUGGACCCAAUAUAUUUGUGAGGCCUGUGGGAAUAGAGUUCUGCGGGGAGCACAUGAGUGGGAGCAACACAAACAGGGGCGUGGACACCGAAAACGAAUUGUUCGGUUGAAGAAGUCUCAGAGUUCUUGUUUGCUAGAAGAUCAGCUGCCUGGAUCUGAAUAACCAAACAGUAUGUGCCACAUUAUACGAGUCUUUCUACAUUGGUGUGACAUAUUUGUAUGCCACGCCGUCUUAAUUUAAUCCAAGGAAAGCAACCUUAGUUUGAAGAUAUAGCAAUCAA